CGCAGGAAGUCCACCUCAUUGGUCUGGACAGUCGGGACAGCGGCUAUUCUUUUAGUGCACAAGGCGCAGUCCCACUUCUCUUUCUCUAAUCAAGCGCUCCAUCUUUCCUUCCGGUGCCCGGACCUGCCAGCUCGAAAGGAUCCAGACUGAACGGGGCCGGGCAUCAUGACCACCCUCGAUGAUAAAUUGCUGGGAGAAAAGCUCCAGUACUACUAUAGCAGCAGUGAAGAUGAGGACAGCGACCGUGAGGACAAGGACAGAGGGGGUGCCCUGGCUGGCAGUUCGAUGCCUGUAGAGGCUGAGCUGGCAGGUGAAGGCAUCUCAGUUAAUACAGGUCCAAAAGGUGUGAUCAAUGACUGGCGCCGUUUCAAGCAAUUGGAGACAGAGCAGAGAGAGGAACAGUGCCGGGAGAUGGAAAAGCUGAUCAAGAAGCUGUCGAUGACAUGUAGGUCCCAUCUGGAUGAAGAGGAGGAACAACAGAAGCAGAGUGAUCUCCAGGAGAAGAUCAGUGGGAAGAUGACUAUGAAGGAGUUUGCCAUGAUGAAUGAGGACCAAGAUGAUGAAGAGUUUCUGCAGCAGUACCGGAAACAGAGAAUGGAAGAGAUGCGGCAGCAGCUUCACAGGGGGCCCCAAUUCAAGCAGGUUUUUGAGAUCCCCAGUGGAGAAGGGUUUUUAGACAUGAUUGAUAAAGAACAGAAGAGCACCCUCAUCAUGGUCCAUAUUUAUGAGGAUGGCAUUCUGGGGACUGAAGCCAUGAAUGGGUGCAUGAUCUGCCUCGCUGCAGAGUACCCAGCUGUCAAAUUCUGCCGCGUGAAGAGCUCAGUGAUUGGGGCCAGCAGUCGCUUCACCAGGAAUGCCCUUCCUGCCCUGCUGAUCUACAAAGGGGGUGAAUUGAUUGGCAAUUUUGUUCGUGUCACUGACCAGCUGGGGGAAGAUUUUUUUGCUGUGGACCUUGAAGCAUUUCUCCAGGAAUUUGGAUUACUCCCAGAAAAGGAAGUCUUGGUGCUGACGUCUGUGCGUAACUCUGCCACCUGUCACAGUGAGGAUAGUGAUCUGGAAAUAGAUUGAACUGAUAGUCUAGUUGCCCACAUCUCAUUGUUUGUGCUGGAAGAUACACAUCUUUGUAUUUGUUUAUGUUCCUUCGUAUGUCUUCUGGCUUUUCAGGUGUUCUUUGUAGUGGCUCUCAUUAUGUGUAAAGUCAAGAAAUGCUUAGAUUAAAUCA